GCUCUCCCAGUGAGGUGUUUGUCCCCUGCCGCCUCCUUUGCAGCCCGGAGGUGUCUGUGGAUCGCUCCAUCGCUCGCUGCAGCUUAAAAUCAUCCUCAGGGGUGUCUUAUUGUGGGUGUGGUGAGGUGGCCAUGCUGAUCUGUCUUUUCAGACAGGCCUGAGAGGUAUCCUUCAGGACUACGACUGGAAAAUACAACUGAAAUCCAGUAGUACUCUGCCUGUCUCACUGACUGAAACGAAAAGCAGCAUGCUCUCUGCGAAGAGGCCUCUCAGCACUUCUCACUCAUCAGUGGACUCAAAGGAAAUAAAAAAAUUCCAGCUCCUCGCGCAUAAGUGGUGGGAUGAAGAAGGAGAAUAUUCAGCCCUUCAUUCUAUGAAUGAUAUUAGAGUGCCAUUUAUUAGAGAUACUCUGUUGAGCAUGAGUUGUAAUUAUCAUCUGGGAAAUCCACUUUCUGGAGUAAAGAUUCUUGAUGUUGGCUGUGGUGGAGGACUGCUAAGUGAGCCUUUAGCUAGACUGGGAGCUUCAGUUACUGGAAUUGAUCCUCUGGAGGACAACAUUAGAACAGCAGAUCGGCACAAGUCAUUUGAUCCAGUCCUGGCCAAGAGAAUACAGUACAAGUCCAGUUCACUGGAGGAGAUUGUGGAAGAGUCUAUGGAAACCUUUGAUGUAAUUGUAGCUUCUGAAGUAGUGGAGCAUGUGGCUGACCUUGAAACGUUUAUCAAGUGUUGUUCUCAGGUGUUAAAGCCUGAAGGUUCUUUAUUCAUUACGACAAUCAAUAAAACACAGUUGUCCUAUAUCCUGGGAAUUGUGGUUGCAGAAAAGAUAAUGGGCAUUGUACCAGAAGGAACACAUGAGUGGGAGAAGUUUGUUCCCCCUGAAGAGCUGGAGCACCUCCUGGAAUCAAAUGGCUUUUCAGUCAAGACUGUGAAUGGGAUGUUGUAUAAUCCGCUCUGGGGUUCGUGGAGCUGGAUGGAAAGCACGAGCCUUAACUACGCAGUGCACGCUGUGAAGUCUGGGGCUCAGGGACAGUCAGGCCCCACAGAUGCCCCGUCAGAGAUGGAUAUUCAACAGCGCUCAGCCACAGCUGGCACAGCUGGCACUGCCUCAGACAUCACUGUCUGAGAUCUGUGGUGAUGGACUGUCACCAGGACAGAAAAGAAGGUUUUACUCAGAUGGACAUAAUAAAACCUUUUCUAACAACAAGCUUCCUGUUUGCAUCAGUAAUACUUGUGCUAUUUUUGGCCAAAUAUUUUAGGGCAGUCUCAGAAAAAAAACAGGUGCCCAUUAUCUCAGGAAUCUUUUAAGAUUGAAAUGGUCAAAGCUUUUAAAGAGUAAGUAUUUUUAUGAGAAAGUAGUUUCAAAUUGUUGGACGGGGAAAUGCAAAUUAUUCUGUCAGUAGCUUGGAGGAAGCUCCUGUAUGUGGAGGCAUUUUCAGUCCUACUGGGACUCAGAUCUUCACAGAAUAAUAGUGUAAAUGUAAAGUGAGUUAAAACCCACAAUGAUGUACAAUAAAUAAAAUGCAUUGGGUAUUUAAGAUACUCAACUCUGUUA